CUCUUUUGUCUAUGAAUUAAAUGAAUGACACAAAAUUCACAAAAGCGUGAUGAAGAAUAUUCUGUAGUUUUAUGAAGUGAUUGAAAAGUGGCUAAAAUCGAAUAGUAUAGGUGCAUAAACAGGAGCACCGCAAUUCUAUUGUGAUAAUUAAAUUUCUCAUUAUACGUCAUGGUGAUAGAGGGCUCGGCUUUUACGCGGAACGAUGUGUUCCAAAUGGCAAUACGUGUUGCAUUUGUGUCUGCCGUUACAUAUUUCUCAAUAAAAUGGCUUGUGAACCAGAUAGAUCCAACUUCUAAAAGCAGGAAGAAAGCGGAGGAAAGAGCGCGCGAGCAGUUACGCAAGUUGUCUUGCAGAGCGGGCCUCGGCUCAAAGCACACGGUGGAGUUUGAUAAGCUGACAGGCCACGAGAUGAUUAUCGCGUCGCAACUCGUCGUCCCUGAUGAGAUCAAUGUCAACUGGAAAGACAUAGCAGGCCUGGACCACCUGAUCCAGGAGCUGCGGGAGACAGUGAUUCUGCCCAUACAGAAACGGGAGCUGUUUGCUGACAGCCGACUGACGCAGCCGCCCAAAGGAGUCCUGCUGCACGGACCACCAGGUUGCGGCAAGACCCUGAUAGCCAAAGCGACCGCCAAAGAGGCGAACAUGAGCUUCAUCAAUCUGGACGUGUCGCUGCUGACAGACAAGUGGUACGGUGAGACGCAGAAACUGGCGGCCGCCGUGUUCAGCCUCGCGGUCAAGCUGCAGCCCUGCAUCGUGUUCAUAGACGAAAUCGAGUCGUUCCUGCGCACGCGCACGCAACACGACCACGAAGCGACCGCCAUGAUGAAGACGCAGUUCAUGUCGCUCUGGGACGGGCUCAUAACAGACUCUGACUGCACCGUCAUUAUCAUGGGGGCCACCAACCGGCCGCAGGACCUGGACAAGGCUAUCCAGCGCCGCAUGCCGGCCACGUUCCACGUGCCGAUGCCCAACGAGAGCCAGCGCGAGCGCAUCCUGCAUCUCAUACUCAACUCCGAGCCCGUCGCGCCCGAUAUCGACCUGAAGCGCCUGGCGGCGUCGACCGAGGGAUUCUCGGGCUCCGACCUGCACGAGCUGUGUCGGCAGGCCGCCGUCUACCGUGUCCGCGACCUCGCCCGCGACGAGAUUGACCACCACGCGAAAAACUCGACAAAGUCUAACGGCUCAGAGUCAGAAGACGAAUUCGUGGACGCCGUCCGCCCGAUCACGAUGGACGACCUCCGCCUGUCGCUCAGCAAACUCAAGGAGUCCAAAAUACAGUGCGGAACCCUCGCGCCAAACAUGCGGAUAGAACUGGACUAGAACCGGAUUAAAGCGGAAACUACGAUAAAGAUGCAAGUCUCUUUUUUUUCUAAUUAUUUUUUGAAGUUGUUCUUAUUUUGAAAUGAAAUUUCGAUAAACUCACUUAAGAGCAAAUAAGCGGUUAUAACCGAAUUGUUACUAGUUUUAACAGGUUAUGUGCAGAAAAAUUUUAUGUUUAUUAUUUCAUUAUUAUUUUUUUCUGUAAAGGCUAUGACUAAAAGAAACGCAAUUUUCGAAGUCCAUAUUGUCAGCGAUUUUUUUUUUAUUCGCAGAAGAAAUAUAUUUUUCCCGUUUUUGUUGUAGAAAUAACACGAAUACACAUUCGACCUCGAAACAGUUUAUGUAUCUAGAUCAUUAUGAUGUUGGUGAAAAUUUUUACAUACGACUUAUUUUUAUUUAUUUUCACUUGCUAUUAAGGGCACAUGCUCACUAAAUGACCUACGCUCCGUUUUCCCAGUUCUGGGGUACCACUCAGUUACCGCUUUACUCCACCUUCCAUCAUUCCUUCUAGCCAGGUGCCCAGCCCAAUUCCAAUUUACCUAAAUAUCAUGGCCAUAAUACUCGACUAGUCUGGAUUACAAAGUGUUGCCCCAAAAGUGGGACAAAUGUCCCACUCAACAUUAUGAAACUUUUAAUAUUAAUUAAAUAAUUAAUAUCACAUUAUAUCACUUUACUAAAUUAACAAAUAGAUACAGUCAACAGCACAUUAACCUACCCAAAUUCAUUGCAAACUCGCCGCUAUCACCGUGCCGUAGAGAUUCAUGAAGGGCAACUUGAUGUGCUGUUCUACAUGAUAUAUUAAAAUAUUCUCGUGAUUCGGCUCAAUAUUAUUUUAAUUUAUUUAUAUAUGAGUUUAUGUAAAAUGACUUUCAAAAAGUUUGUAUAUUUUUGAUGUGCACUAUUGAUCAGUUAAAUAUUGAGAGAUUACAGAGUCAAAUUUUAAAUAUGAUUAAACAAAAUUCAAUAUACUUAUCGUAGUAGGUAGAUAAAUUGAUGCAAUUUUUGAAACAUGUGGAAUAGCGUAUAGUUGAACCUUAUAUCCUGUCUCGUUCUCACCCAAAGAAGAGCGAGAUAGCGUUAAGUAGAUUAUAUCAUAGAUAGGCUUCUUUUUCCGGAAUAUAUUGUUGAAACCACUUCGAUGACUUUAUGAAAUCUCGAUUUGAAAUAAAGAGUUCGCCAUGUGGUCGAUAGAUGGCGUUGACUAAGAUUAAAUCGCGCAAGCAAAGUUUUCACAUAUAAUGAUAGAAUCCAUACAAAAUAAAUAUAGAAUUAUUAACGUCUAAUGCUUUUUGUUAAAAACUGGUGACUAAAUUAUCUAAUAAUAUAAUACUUUGAGUGACGGAAAUAGAAAUUAGUUGUCCAGUGAAAGGAUCGCAUGUUUGUAUGUUAUAAAUAAAAACUAUAUUAAAGUAGAAAUAAUUGUGUGCAUUUUGCAAGGCAUUUGUGGGAUGUUGAGAAAGUAGUUUAGCGAAUUUAUUUUACAUCUCAAACAUUUUUACUGACUUUAAAACCAUACAUGUAUGUAGUUUUCGUGGAUAAUAUUAUUGAAUUGCCACAAAUUCCACGAGUUUUUUUUUUAAUACUUUAGUUAGCAGAUUAGAGGGUUAGAUUGGGGCUGUGGCUAAAUUGAUAAGUUACGUAUCAAAUAAUACUAUUGUGCACUAAAAUGUGUUUGUCUACGUAGAUUUAUAGUCAUAUAUGGCCGUUAAAAUACAAAAGGGACCUUAUGGCGCCCUUCACUUACGCCAUUAUCGCCGUUGUUUUGCAUUCGAACAACGGCAAUAAAGACCUAAGUGCCAGCCGCCAGAAUGGACGGCCAAUUGCAAUAUUAAUUGAAUAUUUUUCGUAGAUGUUGCAAAAUGUUGUAUAAACAUUCGGUAUGUAUUUUUCUUUAGAAAAUACAGCAAAGAUAUAUCAUUUUGUUAUUUAUGCGUGGAAGCAACGUAUGUAUGUAUUUAUUAUAUUUAUAUAACUUAUAUAUUUAUCUUUUGUAUAUGUAAUUUUUAUAUUAUUACUUUGGGAUUUAAUGAAAUUCAAAUUUUAUUACUUUUUUUGUCUUGAUAAAUUCCUAUUUGGUUUUCUGUGUAGUUAAUAGUAAUUAUUACUAUGAGCAACAUUACUGCACAAAUAUUUGUUAUGACAACCAUAAUAUCGUACGUUAUCUUUUGCCCGCGGUUUCGCCCGCGUUCAUUGUUUUCACCCUUUAAAAAAGUAAGAGGUAGAAUUUCCUUAUAUAUAUAUAUUAUACAAAAUUCGAUAACUAUAUAUUUUUAAUAAAACGCAAUAUAUAUGUAUGAAAACAAUUGAAUUAAAAUUUGCCAUAUUUUUUUUUUAUAUAAUAUAGACAAGUAUAUAUGUAUUCCAGAUUUCGUGGCAUAUACAUUUUAAAAUUACGUAUAAGUUUUCCGAUUUUAAUAAAAUAUAUUUGGAUUUUAACAAUAUCUCAUCAAAAUUAUAGAGGAUUUGUAGCUUUAUCGCUUUAUUUACGCUGUGGUGAUAAUUAUACGCAAUAUUUAGUGUUCAACGCGAGAAACAUGGGUGUGAAUAAUUUAAGUAUUUUGUAAAAGCUGUUUCCUGCUUUUUUUUACUAUAAUUUUGUAACUGUUUUGUAUAUAGUUGUUAGAUAUAGAUGUGGUGUCCCGUCUCUCUCUACGAGAUAACAUUCGAACUGAGAUGGAGGUAGAUUUUUGACUAUUUUUUGCAACGUGUAUUCGGACAUGUGUUAUACAAACAAAUGUCAUUACUAAAUUCUCUUUAUAAUUAUUAUUUCUUUUUGAAAGUACAAAGAGAAAUGAGCCGUAUUUUAAAUUCUUUUAAAAUACUGUAUACCAUUUUAAUGGUCCUCAUUAAAAUUAAAUUGUCUCUUGUGCUAGCUUCACAUUAACGGUGAAGUCAGAUCGCGAAUUAACGUGUAUUGUUUAGUUUGUAUUUGAGCUUAAAAGCUCACAUACAAACAAAAAGAUGUAUGUAAUAAAUUACUGCAGGUAAAAACCUGUAAUGGAUGACGAAAUCGUCAAGUUUAGCGAUCUGUUUGCCGAUAGUUUGGAACGAUUGGGUGUCAAAAUUGGAAAAUGUAAAGUUUUAUCGUCUUGUCUCAAUAGUUAUUAUUACAUACGUAUAAUGCUAGCAGGAUCGACACUCUGAACAAGAAAGAAAAUGGUAAUUGCAAAUUUGUAGCGAGAGUUAGUUGUUUUACUGACAUACACUAUCGCCGAACUCAGAUGCCGACGUGAAUGAACGUACAUUGCGCAAUUUGUAUGCGAGCUUUAUUAAUCGUAAGAAAAAUACCAGCAAUGGCAAAAGCCGCCAAAGUUCGUGCAAAUGUUUGCCUAUAUCGUCAGCAUUAUGUUCGACCGCCACAAAGGAAAGAUAUUCCUGUCAGCCUAUGUGUGUACUCUGUGGAAUUGCGUGGCUUCGACGUUAUCAUGUUGUAUUUUAUCAUUCCAAUCUUAAACACUUCAACUGCGCGUUUUAGACAUGUCGUUUCUGAAGUGAGUCGUCCAUAGGGCCAGCUGUCCGUAGUGUUGCGACCCAUUUAUGCAGCUUGUAUUGUCUUUGCUUUUAGUUGGCGUUGUUCAUAAGUUGCGCGGUAGAUGUCGCCACAAUCUUUUUUAGAAAUAAUGUCUACAUACAUAUACUUCAAUCAAUCGACAUAUUUAUAUGCAUAUAAUGGUGAAAAUAUCCAUACCUAUGGCCUGUACACUUGUAUUUCAGCUACCGGCACGUUUCACAGUUUACAUAUGCAAGUAGCUGGCAUUUCAAUGUCAAAGUCAGAACACUUGCGCAUGUCAGCUAUCCGAGUCUAAAAUGGUUCUCCGACAAUUCCUUCGUCUAUGAACGUUUCGUCGACAGAAUGCUUCGACAUCGGGCGUUUGAACGCCAGAACACUUCAUGUACGAACGAUUCGCCGACAGAAUGUCUCCUCUAUUCUGCCGGCGAAUCGUUCGUAGACGAAGCAAUUGUCGGAAAACUGUUUCAGACUCCAGCUAUCCGUUUCACUCGUACAUACGAGUACUAUUGCUUGUUAGAUACACAUGUAUCUUCACAUUCUCCAUCCUAAUGUAAGUACGGAAAACGUGUUACAUAAUAUAUUAGGAUGUGUAUCAUAUAUUUUGUCUCUUGCUAGUGUUAUACAAAAUUUGUUUUUCUCCUUCACACGUUGCAAUUUAUACUUUGAUUAUAUUGGUUGAGUGGUUUGUUUUUGUUACGCGGUUUGACUGCUUGUUAGAAUCUAGAUUUUUGUCAACUGAAGGGAAUAAAACCAAAGGUUUUGCCGUUGUAGCUGACUUAUGCUCACGCGCAUAUACAAUCAAAUAUGGGUUUUAAUACUGAGUAAUAUAAACUACUAGUAACUUUUACAGCAAAUAGUUUGUUUAUUUACACUUUGUGUUAAUUGAACUAAAAUUCACAAUUGGAAAAGUAGUAUAGAUGCAUUUAAAUGUUUCAUUUAAUUUACUAUGUUGGUAUUUUUAUUUAUUUAUGUACACAAGAUAACAGUGAAAAUAUAAAACUUACAAAUAGGAAACUAAGUACAUACAACUUAUUUCUAUAGAAAUUUCUUUCAGUGAACCCGCGACAGAAAAAUUAAACAAAGAAACACUUUAUUUUUGCCAACAUUUAAAUUAUAUUAUUAGGUUAUGAUUUCCACACUUCCAUUACUUCAUAGAGACAACAGUCUUGGCAGCUGAUAGGGAACAAUAUACUUCUCUAGUAGGGUUGACGUUAGAAAAGCGGCCGAGAGGCCGCUUGGCGGCGUCACAUCUCUGAAUAAAGCAACCGAAAUACGCGAAGAUGAAAGAGAGAUUUUAACAAUUUGCUGAUCUCUGACCUCGGUGGCGCAGUGGUAAAGUUCUUGCUUCUGAACCGAGAGGUUCCGGGUUCGAUCCGCGGUCGUGUCAUCAUGGAAAAUUAUCUUUUUCUGAUUGGCCCGGGUCUUGGAUGUUUAUCUAUAUAUGUAUAUGUUAUAAAAUAUAGUAUCAUUGAGUUAGUAUCCCAUAACACAAGACUAGAACCUAUUUUGGAGCUAGCUGAAUCUGUGUGAUUUGUUCUAAUGUUUAUUUAAUCACAUCAAUUGUCAUUUUACAAGUUUAAGGCCAUAUUUGAGGGUAUAUUUUAAGUUAGUAAUGUACAAGUUAGCUACAAUAUAUGCCCUGAGCUUACAUUGUAUAGAGCCGUUGUUCAACCAGACGUUAUAUUUAUUGUGUAAAUAAAAACAGUGAAUUAUA